GCGUAUCACGGACGGCUGCUUCACCCAGCCAACGAUUGGCAAAAUCGACUACAACACUGGUAUUACGAGCAUAAUGACGAUUUCUUAAGUUACGUACUCGUACGGUAACGCGGAUGCUGGUGCCCAGGGCGGCUACUUCACGGCGCAGGCCCUCGGUUAGCGCCGUCACCAUGUGUUUCGUAGCGGCGUAAAAGUGAAUGGCAUUGUAGUCGUUGAUUUUAUGCCCGGACACACUGCAAUUACGGCACUUCACAACGAACGUACGUCAACCAUUUGGCGCCACUGCCCCACGCUUCGCGUCAGCAAAUCAUCGGAGUGCGCCAAGCCGGCAUUAUUCACCAGGACAUCCACACCUCCAUGGACACCCUCAAUCUCCCUGAACAUGGCGACAAUCUCCGCCUCCUGCGUGACAUCACAGCGGAUGGCGUGCACCACGCCGGUGCCGAGUGUACGUUGCUGGAGCUCCUGGUUCGAGGGUCAGUGCACAGUGUCUUGCGGUGCGUGUAUGUAAGGUAAGUACAGUAGAAGCGCACGUACGUACCUCGAUUGGCGCAAUGUUACGGGCACAUCCAAUCACCGUCAUCCCCGAACGAGCCAACCGUUCCGCGGUGGCCAAGCCAAUUCCGGAAGAUGCGCCGAAGGCUAGAAGACUUCUGCAUCAGAAUGAGGAUGAGCCGAAGAUGCGAAAGGAAUGCAAGUAAAAGAAAAUAAUUAAUACAUAAUAAAGUACUCCAUCACCCAUGUUUCCGGUUGGGUUUAAUUUUAAAGUGGACGUACGCAAGCAGCAAGGCACAUACACGGUUUAAUACUGUGCGGUAUAAACCGCACCAAAUAGGUAAAUACAGUAUGAACUACUACCAUACGAAGUACAUAAUUAUCCACUCGUCGCCGCCCGCGAUUCUCUGGUGCCGGAUACUUUUAGUUCACUUUUGGUUUGCUUUGCGUAUAGGCGCGAAAGGAUUUCCGUGAGUUGAUGUAACAAGUAAAUAACAGUUUUUUUUUUGACGAGCGCGAAGAAUGGACGGCAAGAGAACGAGGAGGAAAUUGAACGUCGAUGCGAGUAUGGUUGAAAUUGACUAUGCGUAUACGAUGAGACAUUCGACGAAGAUCUCCAGCGACCUGGACGCGCGCAACUCAAUUCGAUCUGUCUCGGGUUUCAGCGGCGUAACCACCCAACACUCCCCUCGUUUGACUAAACAGCAGCAGCUGGAAGCAGGAUUUUUAGAGCUGAUUACCCAUUUUCAGCUAGCUGAAAUGAGCGCGGCAUGUGACGAUGUGAGCGGUUUCCUGACGUGCGGCGCAAUGUACCAUUUCCCGAUGGAUUCACAGGACCUGCAUUACGGGAAGUGGAACGAUUUCCGUCAGGGGAAACUGCAACAAGGCGAGUACGGGUUUCACGGACUGGCCACGAAAUUUCCCCGUUGCCGGCGUGGCUACAGAACGGAGUUGGACUGCAAGUGUUCCUGCAGGAGAAGGUUGCGACAGACCGACCGAAUGUCAACCGUAGCAAGUCUAACCGUGGUCUGCGGUUUCCGUGGCGGGCCAGCAUCCAACUGGAGCGAGUUCCGGUUAAAUGCAUUCUGACGGAGGCACAGCUGGCAUUCAUCAAUCCGGACGCUCGCGGAAGUCCGACUAUCCAGGUGAAAAUCGCGCCCACCCGUGCCACCAACAUGGACUUCGUCAACAAGAAUCUGAGAAACAUUAACGGUCAGAUCUACAAGGAGUGCUGCCGAGAGCUGGGUAUCUUCCGCGAAGUCCAUUGUUUCGUCACCAUGCGUGUGCCGGUGCCGCGCUUCUUCGGGAAACUGCUGAAAGAAUUCCGGCAUACUAUUCCCAAGAGUCCCCUACAUGCACUUGCGGACGGGAUGGUCUUGACAGGAACGGAUAAUGUGGUGCUGAAAACGCGACAGGGUGACGUGGAGAUUAAUCGGCAGAUCCUCUGUAACACCUCUCCAACAGCGCGCGCCAUCUUCGCAGUGGGAAAGCAGGGGAAAAGCAGUUCUUACGAACUGAACUAUAGUAAGGCGGCCGUUGUAGCAGUGCUGAACGCGGCUGUCAAUAAACACGAAUCCCUGCCAGUUGAUCCACGACGAGCGGCUCCGUUCUUCCUGUACGAAGUUACGAAAUUGACGUUAAGUUGGGAGAUUCCGCAGUUGAAACUGUGGACGCAGGUGGCGUUUGUGGAGCGUUUGUGCUAUCCGGUCGCAAAUUUGGAUCAGAUCCCCGUCCUGGACGCUCUUCAGGUCAUUCUCGACCACGCUGAUCCCAAUGAGGCAGGCAGUCGGAUGAUUGUUUGUGGACUUAUCAGUGUGCUACGCAUCCUGCAUUCACCGACCGCGCGCUGGACGCUGAAUGAGCUGCAGUGCAUAAUUGCACUGAAGCCGGCAUUGUGGAAGAGCGUUAUCCUGCCGAUGCGGUUGGUGCCCGACACUUGCAUUUUCGUUAAAACCUUGACUGGUAAAACUUUCGCAGUCCCGGUUAAUCUGGCUUAUUGGGUGUAUCACCUGAAAUGCUGGGUUAAACACAAUGCAGUAGGGAUUCCGUUGGAGCAGCAGCGAUUGAUUUUUGAGGGCACACAGCUGAGCGGUAACGUUACCUUAUCGGACUGCGGUAUUACCACGGAGGCUACACUGGAUCUUCUGCUGCGACUGAUGAGCGGAUGAUGGUAAAUGUGCAACAGAACUGGGAAUGAAGCGUCAGGACCAGGUUGGAACCACCGGCUGCUAUUGUGAUGUUGUGAUUAUUUGCUGUCUGUUUUUUGCACAGGUUUGCAUAGGAUGUUGCUUGUUUGCCCGUUUAAAUCUAUUUAUGUAAUUUACUGGAUGAUUCGCGUUCGUUUCCGGAGUCACGUUUUAUGGAUUCAAGUUUUUACGUUUAUAGCAUAAUAUAUUGUAACUUUUCUCUAACCCCGUUAGAACAAUUGUCGAUGGUAUUAAAGGUCUCUGUAACAACGUGUUGGGUUGUAAAGCAGUA